ACCUAACCUCUCCUCCCAUCCACGGUGUGACAAGUCACGUCUCACUUCUGACGGACCUAGCUAACAUGGAUCCUUUCCGUCUUAAGCUACACAUCACCACGUCGUGCGACUGCAACCGCAGUAUGUCGACCAAGAAAAUGACAAAUGGAGCUGCCGUGCCGAAGGGCAAGCUUACGAACGGAGUCAAUGGCGUCAACGGCAAGGUCAAUGGGAACGGGAACACAUCGAUGUCGAGUGAGCGGGUGUCGGAGUUCCUUAGCUCCCUCAUGACAACGCUUAACGAGGCGCCGGAUAUCCUCCCCGAGAUCGAGUCGCUCGGGAAAGUUUGCCUGGAACAUGAAGAGCUAUCGAGGCGGAUGGCGGAGAAGGAGACGGACUUUGACAAGCGGGAGAAAGAGCUGCAGGCUGUCAUCGACUCUAAGGAUGCGCUGCUAAACAAGACCGGAAAGAUGUGGAUCGAUACCAUGCGGAAUGAUCUCUCCAUGGAACACAACUCGGCAGGGAAGCUCCAGGAGAAGGAGAAGGAGAUGGCCCAGAUGAUGGCCGCACAUAAGGUCGAGCUGACCAAGCUCAAGAAGGACCUUGAGGACUCCAGGAUGCGUGAACAGAAGGAUGCAGGGACGAAGUUUGAGAUGCUCAAGAAGGAGAGCGAUCAGGCAUUGUUGGCCAUGAGGAAGGAGAGGGAUGAGGCACUCAAGGACGUCGAGCAGUGCAAGAUCAGCCUCGACCAGCUGUCGGCUAAGCUCAGCGAGGCAAAGACUUUACUUGAGGCGGAGAUUCUCUACCGGAAGAAGAGCGAGGCGGAAAUCGCUAAGAUAACGCAAGACAUCGGUGUUAAGGAGCUUACAGAGUCCGACUUUGAGAAGCAGGCGGUCGUGCUGGAAUCCAAGUUCCAUGCGUUGUGCAAAGACGUUUUCUACAAUAUUGAAAUUCCUUUCAAUCCCACAGAUGAGUUCCAUGAUGGUCUCAAGCGCGAGCUGGUGGACUCCGGCUUCGUGUCUCGCAAAGAGGCUACUGGCGACUUCCCACUGAUGCUCUCCAACACCUCUUGGUCUCGGGCCAUCCUGAUGUCCUUCGCCGAGAACAUCAUCGCCACCCAGUUGACCGAGGGCAUCUUCCGUCUGGUACCGAUGCCACCGGGAUCCCUAGACUCCAAGAAGACCACAGAGUAUCUCGAGAUGAUCUCUAACAACCUUUCCGGCGACAGUAUGGACAACGAAGCCCGCUGGCGCUCCCUCUCGUGCAUCGCCAUGGAGAAGGACCCCGAGGCCCGCACCCAAGUCGUCGAGUCGAUCCUCGAUCGUCUUGCCGAGAUCUUUACCCCUCUGUUCCGACGGGACCCAAGCGCCCUCGAUUUACUUCUCGACCGUCUCAGCGCCUUCUUCACGGACGCCAUGGAUUUCUGGAGCACCGCACAACACUCCAAGCAGCGAAUCGUCGCAGAUAUGGUCCUGGACAUGGAACCGGGCGACUGCGACUACCACCCUGAGCACACCGAUAUCAACGUUCCCGACGAGGAGCUCCACCUCGACGAGACCUCCGGACCACUCCCCCUCCCCCUCUUCCCCCGGUUCUCAAUCCUCGACGUCGACGGCUUCCGCACUCUCUACGACGGCAAAUCCCUCCCGCCCACCGCACCCUCCGCGAUCCGCAGUCGCGCAGAGUCAAAGCAAUACAAGCGCACGCAGUCGGAGAAGCUGCGCGCCAGACUUGGCUCGGGCGCCAGCACAGUGUCGAGACCGCACGGUGGUCGGCGACGACAGAGUAUUUCCUCCGCCGCGGCACCGAGAUCUCCCACCGCUUCCACAAGAACCCCGAUCAUGGCACGCCCGCCAGCGUAUAUCGGCAGUGGUGUUUUGGGCAUCGGCAGCGCGAGUGGUGCCAGUGGUGCGAGCGGCGCGAGCAGUCCGACGGGCGGUGGGAGUGUGUCGGGUGCGCAGUAAUGGCUUGCGAUCUCUCUCGAAAUUUCUUUGCGCGUCUGCUUGUCUGCUUCGGUGCCGGUGCCGGUGCCGGUGUCUGUGUCCAUCUAACUU